AUGCGGCAAUUUAUUGACUAUGGUGUUUCUUUUGGUCCUGGAGACGCGGUAGGAUGCGUCAUUGACCGCAGCAGCAGCAGCAGCAGCAGCAGCAACUGCGGGUCUAUAUCCUUUUAUGUAAAUGGUAAACCCUUAGGGGAAGCCUUCCAAUUGCCUCCUUCUUUGCGUACUUCUCCUCUCCGUCCGGGGGUUUGUGGCCGAGGGUUUGAGGUGGAGGUUCGCUUCUCUAACUUUUUAUUUCCUAUUGAAGGCGCUACACCAGUAGCAGAGUUAACUGCGGAGGACUCUGUCCCUGCUGCUGCGUGCAGCAGCAGCAGCAGCAGCAGCAGCAGCAGCAGCAGCAGCAGCAGCAGCAGCAGCAGCAGCAACAUGGCAACAGGGUCUGGGCCCCUCUGCAUCUGCCUUGCCCCCACUAAAGAUCUCGUCAUGCAAACCUACGACUGCUACAAGCAAUUCGCAAGAGCGCUAGGUAAACCAAGUAUUACUGUUGAGUGUUGUACUGGAGGAGGACCACCAUCUUCUCAUCGUACAGACUAUAAAAAAGUGGAUAUAGUAGCGGAUGUAGUAGUAGGUACAUUAGGCAAAACCCUAGAGUUAAUUCGUCGUCGUGUUUUGCCAUUAAAUCGUCUUUUUAUUUUAAUUAUUGAUGAGGCUGAUGAUGUUGUAGACGAUCAAGGAACAGAACAAUUACAUCAAUUGCAGCAAAUGGCAGCAGCAGCAGCAAACCGUCGCCCCCAGACCCUUUUCUUCUCUGCAACAUUACAUACACCAGCAGCAGCAGCAGCAAUCUCCUUAUUAGCACCGCAUGCAACAUGGGCAGAUCUAAAGGGGGCUGCUGUUCUUCCUGAUUCAGCUAAAGUUGCUAUUUAUACUAUUAACCCUCGACGUGUGGCUGUAGCCAUAGCAGAUACAUUAAAAAUGGAUAGAAAGAUGGAGAAAGGAAAAGAAAACCCUUAUGCAUGCGUUGUUGUUGCGGGGCUGCGCAGCAACCAAGAAAGACAGGAAAACCUUGAGCAUUUUAAGGCUGGAGAUGUUCGUUUUUUAAUUUGUACAGAUGUAGCAGCAAGAGGAAUUGAUGUUACGGGUUUGUUGUUCAGGUAUCACUCCUGUCCUGAUAGAGGGAGAGGAUGCUCAGACAGACGUCUAGCAACGGAGGGUGGCUGCACCAUAUGGUACGAUGAGCAGAGCCUUCUUGCAGAUAUACAGAAGAAAGUGGGGUAUGAAUUGCCUAAGCUAGACCCUAAAAGCUUUUGUUCUCCAGGCAUAGCGGAUCCCUUUGGUGUCCUCGCUGCAGAUGCUGACGGACAAAACCUACGGCAGCAGCAGCAACAGCAGCAGCAACAGCAGCAGCAACAGCAGCAGCAACAGCUGCUGCUGUUGCUGCUAGUUGUAGAAUGUUAA